GCCGGGGGAGGGCGGCCGGGGGCGCCGGGGCGGAGCCGCGGGGCCCCUCCCGACGGCGCUAUAAACCGGCGGGGCGCGGGCGAGGGGCAGCCGUCGCUGGGGUGCCCGGGGCCGGGCACAGCCACGCUGCCCUGCACCAUGGCCAGGGGACAGCUGUCGGGGGGCGCCUGGGGGGCCCUGGUGCUGCUGGGGCUGAUGCUGCCGGCCGCCCCGGCGGGCGCCUGGUACAAGCACGUCGCCAGCCCCCGGUACCACACGGUGGGUCGCGCCUCGGGGCUGCUGAUGGGGGUCCGCCGCUCUCCCUACCUCUGGCGGCGGGAGCUGCCGGCCGAGCCCCCCCGGCACGCCGGGACCCCCGCCGGGGACAGCCCCCCGUCCCCGGGCCGCCCCGCCGGGGACAGCCCCCCGGCCGCCGCCCCGGCCCCGCCGCCCGGCCCCGGCCGCGUCCUGCAGCGCCUGCUCCGGCGGGGCUGGGGCUGGGGCGGCCCCGCCCGGCCCCCGCCCGGCCCCCGCCAGCCUCAGCUCUUCCCGCUUGAAGACCUGGCUCUGACCCGCUGACAGACGUGGUGGAGACGCUUCCUGUGCCAGAGGAGCACUGCCUGCCCCAGCUGGGAUCUGCUCCCCUGGCUGGCAGGGAAGGGGCUCCUCAGCAGAUCUCUGACCUCUCUGACACCACACAGACAAUGACAUCCCAAAAAAUCUGAUUUCUCACAGCCACUGCCCAGCCACAGUGGUGAAUUCAUCUUGUUUCCAGGUCAGCCUUGCGCUAUGAACUCGGGGAGAAAGAAACAGGGGAGAUAUUUAUUUUUGUUUAUUUUUUUUACAUUUCUGUACUGGCUUGUUUGCAAUCUGAUAGAAACAUGUACUGUUCGCUUCCUCGGAACCUGCCCUCAUUAAAAUGAGAUGUGAUCAAAGGAAACUUUGGCUUCCUGGUGCUGUUGUGGGGUCUUGGUGAGGUUUUUUUGAGAGCAAAACCUGGUCUGGCUCUGCACGGGGCAGACACGUCAGCAGUUGGGUCAC